CUCUUCUAAGUUUCCAUCGGCGCACUUUAAUCCAGAAAAUGACGACUCAGACGAUGCGGAAGCAUACGAUUCCGAUGACAACAAAUUCGACGACUGGGUAGAAGAAGAAGAGCAGAAGCCAUGCAUGAGCCUCUUCGGUCCUAACAAACUCUUUGGGUCGCUACGAGAGGCAUUGUCGGAUGCAAAGGGGAACUAUGGGGUUGAUUCAGGGGAGAUCUGUGAUCGACUUGAGUUGGAUUUUUACGACCGCAUGAGGCUGGUCAACUUCCUGAGGAAGGAGAGACCACCUCCAGAUAUCGUAAACACUAUGACUGGGCAUGAGCCAUUCUUCAAAGAUGAUGUGUUCUUGAUCCCCGUUAUUCCGGACGACCCACUAUUACAAGCACAUCAAGAAACCCCGUGGUCGGAUGAUGAGGACUCUGCUCCGGGUCUUGCGGCACUCGCGUCUCGUUCGUCCCAACCUGUCGACCUGUCUCGAGAGCUGCGUCGAGCAAACCGAACCAUCCGCUCUCUCCAACAACAACUUGGUCAAGCCAAACAAGAUCUAGUCGACUACAAAGGGAUUGUCAACAAAGCACUUGGCGUCAAUGACGUCAAGCAAUGGGUUGAAAUGAAGGCUGGCGGGGAUGGAGAUGCUGUCCUCCAUAGAGAAGACCCUCAAUACUUCGACGCAUAUGAAGAUAUCGCCGAUGAUGACAACCUCAUGAUAUAAUGUAUCCGACAAUUGUGAAAGAUCAAACUGAAUAUGCG